AUGAUGUCCUUUCCUACGGUUGCUUCUGCCUCAGCCUUGGAUUUCGUAGCAGGUUCAUGACCUUAAGCUCAACAAAUACUUAGAUUGCCGGCUCUGCACCGCUUUUCUGAAAUGUCUAAUUCUCGGUUGCUUCACGACGAUGUUCAAGACAGUCCCCUAUUCCCUGGCUUUAGUAUAAGAAGAGGGCACUCUUUUCUGUCCUCACACCUCAUACAAAGCCAUCACCUCGCCAUCUGUAACCCGGAACGUCAACUCACACAACAAUGGACAACUCAUUCUAUUCGCCUUUCGAGUACGACAGAUUCCGCUUCGAAGCCCUCCUCGCAUGCGGCAGCUUUGGCAGCGUCUACCGCGCCGUCGACACCUACCGCAACAACGAGCUGGUAGCCAUCAAGGUGCAGAAGAAGCCUGAGGCUCGCUUUCACGUCGCUCAGCGUCAGCAAGAGGAGACUUGCAUCCACGCCGCUCUCUACGGCCACCCCAACAUCGUCUCGCUCUGGGGCGCCUACGAGACGCCCGGCGGCGUCUACCAUCACAUGGACCUCUCAGACGGUAUCGACCUGCACGACGCGCUGAAGCAGAAGAUCUUUGCGGACCGCCCGGGACUUCUCAAGCGCGGCUUCGGCCAGAUCAUCAGCGCGCUGGCGUACAUGCACGGCAAGCGCUUCUACCACCGCGACAUCAAGCCUGAGAACAUUCUCCUCUCCGCCGACCUCCGCACUUGGCGUCUAUGCGACUUCGGCCUCGCUACCCCCGACGACUGGACUCGCGGCAAGGGCGCGGGCAGUGGCUUCUACCGCAGUCCCGAAAGCCUUGUCGGGGAGUACGACAACGGUCCCGCGGACGUGUGGUCUCUCGGGAUGACCCUCCUGUACCUCGUCACCGGACGCAAACCUUGGGCGAAGGCGACGCCCGACGACAAGCUGUACAGCCUUUUCCUCGAAUCUGGUCCCAAGUUCUUCCUCGUACUGGGCGACAUGACGGCGGAGUUCUUCCAGUUUAUACGCCGAUUCUUCGAGCUCGACCCGAAGAAGCGUAUAACGCUGCGCGAGGCGGCGCGCGACCUCAAAGCGCUCAGUCUGGAUGCCUUUCGUCCUGGGCAGGACAUCGACUACGACUCGAUUCCAGCGUAUCGUGUCGAUCCUUCACCUACCAGCGCCCUCGAGGUGGACGGAGAGGACCAAAUGUUGUCUUCGCUCCCGAUGCUCUCCGUGACCUCCUCGUCCACCGGCAGUAUGGAGUCCUGCCCACGUACACCGAGGAGCACUCCUUACCGCUUGCCGCCGGACAGAAAACAGUACACAUAUAUUAACGACGCCAGUCGACCGCGCCUCUGCACCGAAUCGGUCUAUCCAGCCUUCUGAAUGGCGCUCGUCUAUCGUAUGCCGCUUUCGCGUUAUUCUGAUAAGGGCCUUCACAGCCUAACUCCUUAUUGCCGGACAUUUACCAUACUCAUAUGAUACCCCUGCGCUUACCUACUCCAAUGAAAUGUCUUCAAAAC